AUGACGACGAGGAUGAGCACGAGGACGUGGACGAGAACGAGGACGAAGAGGACGAAUGAGGAGCAGGAGGAGGAUGAUGACGAGGACGAGGAGGACGAACACGAGGAUGAGGACGAGGACGAGAACGAGGACGACGACGGGGACAAGGACGAAAAGGAGUACGAGGAGGACGAGGACGAGGACGAUGAGGAGGAGGAUAAGGAUGAGGACGAGGACGAGGACGGGGACGAGGAUGACGAUGAGGACGAGGACGAGGACGAGGACGAGGAUGCGGACGCGGACGUGGACGAGGACGAGGACGAGGACGCGGACGAGGACAAGGAGGAGGAUGAGGACGAGGACAAGAACAAGGACAGGACUAGGACGAGGACUAGACGACGGGGACGAGGAGGAGGACGAGAACGAGACGAGACUAGGACUGACGAGGACGAGGAUGAGGACGAGGAGGAGGAGGACGAGUACGACGACGAGGAGGACGAGGACAAGAAGGAUGAGGACGAGGACAAGGAGGAUGAGGACGAGGAGGACGAGACGGAGGACGAGGACGAGGACGAGGACGAGGACGAGGAGGAGGUCAAGGAGGACAAGGACGAGGACAAAAGGACGAGAAGGACGACGAGGACUAGGAAGGUUACGAGGAGCGAUGACGAGGACAGAUUGAGACGAGGAUGGAGGAGGACGAUAAUCUCGUUCUCAUCCUCGUCCUCAUCGUCGUCCUCGUCUUCGUCCUCAUCGUCGUCCUUGUCGUCCUCGUCCUCGUCCUCAUCGCCAUCCCCGUCCUAGUCCUCGUCCUCCUCCUGCUUCUCCUCGUCCUCCUCUUCAUCCUCAUCCUCAACCUCAUCCUCAACCUCAUCCUCCUCGUCCUCGUCGUCGUCCUCGUCCUCGUCCUCCUUUUCCUCCGCGUCCUACUCGUUCUCGUACUCGUCCUAGUCCUCGUCCUCGUCCUCGUCCUCGUCCUCGUCCUCGUCCUCGUCUUCCUCGUCCUCGUCCUCGUCCUCGUCCUCGUCCUUCUCAUCCUCCUCAUCCUCAACCUCAUUCUCAUCCUCCUCGUCCUCGUCCUAGUCCUGCUCGUCCUCAUCCUCCUUCUUGUUCUCCUCGUCCUCGUCCUUUUUCUCGUCCUCGUCCUCCUCCUCCUCGUCCUCUUCGUCCUACUCGUCCUCGUCCUCUUCCUCCUCCUCGUCCUCGUCCUCGUCCUCCUCGUCCUCGUUCUCGUCCUCCUCCUCGUCCGCCUUCUCGUCCUCCUCGUCCUCGUCCUUAUCCUCCUUGUCCUCGUCCUCCUUCUCCUCCUCCUCGUCCUCGUCCUCGUCUUCGUCCUCGUCCUCGAAACCAGACUUGGCGAGACGGAUGGUGGCAUGGGUAGUAGAACUGUCCGAGUUCAGCCUACGCUACGAACCAAGAGGGUCGGUCAAGGGCCAGCACCUAGCCGACUUCGCGGCCGAGUUACCUCCCACCAGCCGAGACGAGUCGAAUUUGUACGUGGAUGGGGCGUCCGGUAGAUCGAUCAGCGGGGCCGGCAUAGUGUUGGAAGGCCCCAACGGAUUCCUAUUGAAUGUUACAACAGUUGGAUAUUCCCCAAUAGAAAUGGGACAACAUCUCGAUGGACUUUGUAACUCACUUACCAAGAUCAUGGAAGGGUCAUGA